AUGUCUCAUGGAUUGAUUUUCUAUUCUUUAGAAGCGCAAGUUUUUGUACUGACCCCAGUCAGUCCGAUUCAAGCUCAAGAUGGCGAUAACAUCACACUACAUUGGGACCAUCAUUCUGGCUUUCACACACUGAGUCUUGCUCGGUGGGGGACUAUGACCUCGGAAGGUACCUUGGAAACCAUCAUAGCUCAACAGCAUGGGAAUAAGCCAGUGGAGUAUUUAUCAUCGAAUUACAAAGGCCGCGUGUAUGUGACGAGCAAAGCCUCUCUUUCUUUUAUGGACGUUAAAGUGGAUGACACCGGGCGAUAUGGUUGUAAGUUGUUGACGUUUGGAGACGCAACCAUUUCAAAUUCCACAAUAUCUGAAGUAUCAGGUAGACGAUUGUUUUUCUCAUUAAGCUAAGCUAAGUUCAUGCCGAUAAGACACCGGGCUGAACGAGGCAGAUUAAUUACUCAGGGUGUUGCAUCAUCCCCGUCCUCGCUUUUCGUCAAGGCACUGUUACAAAAUACUUCAAGUAGUCUACAUCUACAUCUGUUGAGCCUAAUUAGUGUUAUUGGUAUCGUAUUGUCGUCUAUACUCAUGUGCAUGGUAUCCACAUGACACGCUAAUUAAGCGUGCAGUUACAGAUUUUGUUCCACUGAGUAAUUUCGCUCGUUUAUGAAUGAGGUCGUUUUUUCUCUCAAUUCAUUUCCCUCUAUGGAAAAUAGCACUUUGCUCAAACUUGAUUUAUCGUUCGGAACAAAGUUCUUCGUUGAAGUUUUCUAACUUCUGACUUGGCCAAUUAUGGCUUAUGCAUGAUUAACUGAAGGCUAAGAAACAUUUAAAAGAAGGAAAAACUAAUAUAGUUAGAUUAUGCUUUUUUUCCUUUAACAAUGUUGUUCUCCUCAUAUGAUAUAGCGCUGAUAGAAAUUGUAACAUGCAUGUGUUCUCUCAACAUCAACGUGAUCUCAUAAGUAUAUCGAUCACAACUAAUCCAUGCUAUUUCAGUCUGUUCAUCUCUUAAGCGAGACCCAUUACAGACGUAUCCCCCACAGCUGAUGGUACUGCUGAUGACAACACGAUUAAUACGCAUCCAGUAUAUUUGGCCUUUGUUGCCAUGGUCCUGAUCCUAAUUAUAAUAGUUGUUGUCUACUUUUUCCUCACGCGU